AUGGCUGAUAAAAACGUCAGUGUGAUAACGGAAUUCAUCCUCCUGGGGCUGACUGAUAGCCGUGAACUGAAUACUGUCCUUUUUGCGCUGCUUCUCCUGCUCUAUCUGGUGACGGUGCUGGGCAACGUCUGGAUAAUGGCAAUAAUUCUGGGGAGCGCCCAGCUCCAUUCUCCCAAGUACUUUUUCCUUAGCCAGUUGGCUUUCCUGGAUGUCUGCUAUUCUUCGGUUUUCAUUCCUAAAAUGUUGGCGAACUAUGUAGCAGGACAGAGGGUCAUCUCCUAUCACGGCUGCCUCCUUCAGUACUCACUGGUCAGCAUGCUCCUCACCUCCGAGUGCUUCCUGCUGGCUGCAAUGGCGUAUGAUCGCUACGCCGCCAUUUGCCGCCCACUUCACUACAAAAGGCUCAUGACCCCUGCUCUCUGCGUCCACCUGAUCACUGCCUCCUACUUACUAGGUUGUGCCAACUCACUCACCCACCUGAGCAGCCUGCUCAGUCUGUCCUUCUGUGGGCCCAAUGUCAUUAACCAUUAUUUCUGUGACAUUCCAAUGCUCUUUCAGCUUUCCUGUUCUGACACCCAAUUCAGUAAGGUUUUAUUUAUUGUCCUCUCUGGGACGACAUCGGUGACUACCUUUCUGAUAGUGGUUAGUUCCUAUCUGGGAAUCCUUGUCACUAUCCUGACCAUACAGUCUACAGGGAGCAGAUGGAAAGCCUUCUCCACCUGUGCUUCCCACCUAACAGUAGUGACACUCUUCUAUGGAACGGUGAUAUUUACUUACCUGGGAACCAGUUCUAGCUACCCCCAAGAGAGGGCCAAAAUCCUGUCUGUGUUUUACACACUUCUGCUUCCGGUGCUAAAUCUUCUGAUAUAUAGUGUGAGAGACACAGAGACCAAGGAAGUGAUGAAAAGGGUCAUUAUGAGAAAAAUACUUGCUCAGUUACCAUGA